AUGUUCGACGAGGUUUUCUCUGCAUUCCUUGAACUCACAGAAAACAGCUUUCAGCUGAUCAGCUUGCUGUUUCCAUACGCCCCAACGCCGACGACUCGACGGCGCGACAGGGCAUCUGCUACGCUCUCAAGCAUUUUCGCUGAGAUCGUUCGAUCACGUAAGAGCUCCAACCGAGUCGAGGAGGAUGUUUUGCAGAACCUGAUAGACUCCAAAUACAAGGAUGGCCGCCCCACGACUGAAGCUGAGGUUACCGGGCUCAUAAUUGCCAUCGUCUUUGCUGGGAUGCACACAAGCACGACCAGCAGCACGUGGACUGGAGCUCGCCUUCUAAGCCACACAGAGUGCUUGGAGGCUGCCCUUGAGGAGCAGCAGCAAAUCGUCAAGAAACAUGGGGACAACAUAGACUACGAUACCCUUCUGGAGAUGAGUUUCCUACACUGCUGCAUCAAGGAGGCACUGCGGAUGCACCCUACAGCACCAAUAUUUCUUCGCAAGGUGCGCAAGAACUUCACCGUGCGGACUAGAGAAGGCUACGAGUAUGAGAUUCCGAGUGGGCAUACCAUAGCAAGCCCUCUGGUGAUAAACCACAACAUUCCUUAUAUUUACAAGGACCCUAAUGUGUAUGACCCGCACCGGUUUGGUCAUGGAAGGGAGGAAGACAGAGUUGGCGGAAAGUUCACUUACAACGCGUUCAGUGGUGGAAGACAUGCUUGCCCUGGCGAAGCUUAUGCCUAUUUGCAAGUGAAGGUGAUAUGGAGCCAUUUGCUAAGGAACUUUGAGCUCAAGUUGGUGUCAUCAUUCCCCGAGACCAAUUGGCUAAAGCUUUCCCCAGAACCUAGAGGGAAAGUGGAGGUGAGUUACAAAAGACGGAUGCUACCUAGGAGCAUGUUGGAAAACUGA